AUGGCUGGGCGCAAGGAGGCGGCGGCAACCGAUGCCGAGGUUGAAUAUCGUGACCCAUGGGGCGACGUUGAUCUGCUGGAUAAAAACUUUGCGGCCUUUGAGAAGCGCAAGCAGGAGUUGGCUGCCAAGAAACAAGCCGAAGCUGCCGAGCAGGCGGCCCAGGCCAAGGCUGAAGAAGCCAAGACCACAGCUCGCGACAGCCACGGGGAACGCCGAUCAGACAGUCGUGAGAAGCAGGACGAUCGUCGCUCACACCAUCGCCAUGAUGACCGACGCCGGCAUGAUGACGACCGGCGCCGACGCGAUUACGACGACCGUCGGCGUGGCCACGAUGACCGACGUCGUGGCUACGAUGACCGACGCCGUGACUACGACGAGCGACGUCGAGACCGCGAUGAUCGUCGGGGUCGCUACCAUGAACGCGAUGACCGGCGGCGUGAUUACGAUGACCGGCGGCGUGAUGAGCGCCGAGACCACCACAGCCGUCGCGACCGCGAGCACGCUCGGGCCAAGGAGCCCGCUCCAGCUCCGGUCGAGGAGGCCCAGCCGCCCAUGUCCAUAAACGCUGUCAUGGUGGCCGAUCGCGUCAACGAAAUUCUUGGGGCCAAGACCAUUCGUCGCAGUGAUCUGGAGCCUUUGUUUACACCUGGCUUUCAGCUCCUGGCCUUGAGCGAUGAGCAAGAGCUGGGUACUCGAAGCGAGCUGGACGAUCUGCUGCGCAUUCUAGACGGUCAGGCCGGUUGGAAGGUGCAUGUGCGACGACGACUCUACAUUGAAAGCACUUCCAAUCCAGACCUCUCGUUUGCCCUCGACAUUUAUGCACCAGGGUCCGGCUCGCUCUUUGAUGCCCACGGUCCCACAGAUACCGCUCCCACUGGCGCCACGGCGUUGCUUUGGCGAAUUCAGUUCAACCAUUGUGCUCAGGUUUAUGCCAGUGCGGUCGAGGGCACGGCCGUCAGCGAGACAGAGGUGGCCCAGUCUGAUUUCAUGGACACAUCGGUUGUGAAACAGGCCUUGGACCUGGUCUUGCGGCCGGGGGGGUUGACCAGCGACAUUGCACUGCACUACAACGACUACAUCAACGUGCCUGUGCUGGGCUGA